CGGGACCGGACUGGGACCGGAUAGCAAACAAUGCAAUCUCAUAUUCGGGCUUAGAUUUGAGGUAAAAAACCGGAUAAAGACCGAAUAAGAGACCCCCAACACCUAAAAUCAAGAUAAAAUUGGGACCGGACCAGACUGUAUCCAAUCCAAUCUUGGGUCCUUAUAUUCCCGAAAAGAUCGGACUGGGACCGAAGCAAUUUGGUCCAAUUUAAUCGGACCGGGCCGUAUAAUCCUCCCUAGUUUCAUGAACAAUCUUUUAUGAUUUCAGACCAUGCAACCUGCACUAGUCCACCUAACUAAAUCAAGUAUACAAGUUUGUUAAAACCGGUGAAAACACCACACCGUUACUCCACGUAAAAAAGGCAACAAAAUUAAAUAAAAACACAGCAGAAUUCCACACACUUCACUUCUCGUCCACAAAACAAACACAGCCACGGCAAGAAGAAAGAACACACAAUUUUUAAUUCGCACGUUUUAGAAACACAGGAGACACUCCACGACGCCAAAUAUGUCCACGUGCUCCACGCUCCAUGCACGACGUCGUCGGCCAGCCAUAUCCCCACCACCUCUUUCCCAACGUUGUCAGGUGUCAGUUCGUCAAUCUAUGGGCUUGUGAUCAAUAUGAGCGCAAGCUCUUAAACCAACACUCCAUUUGGGCCCAUCUAGAUAAACUAAACCCAGGUCCGUAUAAGUUCAAAACUAUGCUGGAGCCCAUUACGUCAGUUGGGCUUUUUCAAGUUCAAAACUAUCCAGUUGCUUACCUAACUGCGGUCAUCUUUUUUUUUUUUUUUUUCUAUUCCCUGCUUCUUUAGUCAUAGAGAACCUCAGAAUAAGUCGUACCUAACAGUAGUUGAACUCGUGAUUUUCAACGGGUUAAUUACAUGAUUGGUCACUGAAAUUACAAAAAACGUUCAUGUUUGGUCACUUGAAAUGUUUGAUUCCAUUCGUGAUCACUAAAAUUGAUGUAAUGGAAGGUUGUCUUUUAUUGUAUUUUUCUCACCUUUUUGUCCAAAAUUGGUGUAUGGUGUAAUGGAAGGACCCUUCAGUGUUGAUUUGGCCAAAGACGUUGAGAUGGGGAUCACCUCUUCGAUUUCUGGGAGAUGAAGUAGAUGCAGAUAGUGACGUGUGAGGUGAUAAGGAGUCGUACAUAAACUCCACCACUAAUCACCGAUCCAUCCAUCACCAAUCCCUCUGCGAUAAUGGCGGGUGAGAAGGUGGUUGUUGGGACGGUGACGGGGUUUGGUCGGUAGGGUAUGGGGAUUAGAAGAAAUUAGGUUUAAUAUUUUAAUUUUUUUAAUAAUUGUGAUAAUAAGGUGGAAAUUUAAGAAAAAUUAUUUUUUUAUUUUUUUUAAUUGUCACGUCACACGCUUAACGAUGAACUCUAAUAGUUGACUGCCAUAUCAGACAAAGUUAACGGAGUUUGAUGAAGAUUUUGUGUUUUUUACUUGUGUAGUGGUAAUAUUGGGGGAAAAGAAAACCUUGCCCAAUCUUUCGUUCAUUUCCUGCAUGUGUAUUAUAUGCUGGGAAUCCUUUUGCCAAAUUCCUGUCCAAGACAGGAAAACAUCCAUCCACAUGGCGUUUUUUGACCAGUCGUCGGCUGGCCGGCGGCCAACAGAAACGCUGGAUUUUUCCUGUUUAACCGUUUAUUUGUACAUUCGCCGGUGGAAAGAUCCGGCCGUCAAGACAUGCUGACUGCUACCUUGUCUUGUCUCCUCAUGCCACGGUAUGUAUAUAAACAGUCCUACCCGCUCUAGUUAAUUUGCAAUUAAGAACAAUCAAUGGGGAAAUACAUGUCUUCGUCGGUGAUGAAUUCCGCGGUCAUAGUGAUGUUAGCGGCGGCGUGUUUUGUGGCCGUUUCCGGCAAACACGGAGAUCCCAAGUUCUGCGGCUGCGGUCCGGCGAAGGAUCCCAAGAACUUCCCCGCUCGCCUGCGCCACGUUCUCGACGACGUGGUGAAGACCACGGCUUCCCAGCCCAAGAACGUGGUGUCCGGCGACGUGACCUACACGUCGAUCGACCCGAAGAACGGCCGCCGCGGCGGCGCCGUGGCGGCCGGCACUUGUUUCAGGGGCGUCGGCCUCGCUGGCUGCUCGGCGUGUCUGUCCAACGCGCGGGAAGAAUUGGAGCGGUGCGGAGCCUUUGCCUGCGGCGGGCUGAGGUUUGAAGGCAAGUGCCGCUUUCAGUUCCGCCAGAUCAAAUGAUUCGUUGAUUGCAAAGUUUCACAGUCUGUGACUCUUUCUCGUUUAGAUUUCUGGCUAUGUCGUUCUUGACUUGUUAUCGAGAAUGAAGUAAUUAUUGUUCGGUUUCUUUUGUUAAGGGGACAUUAGUGUUUUUCUCUCUCUUUUAUAUCAAGCAUGCCAAUGUAUUAAAUUCUUAUGCUUUGAUGUUUGAUCGUGGAUGUGUCAUUUUGCGUUCUAAUCGAUGUUGAGUUUGAAUUUAAAUUGCUUAUAAAUCAAAUAAUAAUUCAUUAUUGCUUACAAUUAGUAUUUGGAUGGAAAGCAAAUUGAAUCAAGUACACUUUGGAACAAGUUUCAUUCCUCAAAUUAACUUCCUCAUUGUCGCAACAAACCACCGGCUAGUAUCAACUUAGUUCGCCAAUCAAAUGAUUACUUUUAACCGCGAUUUUAUCUUCUCAAUAGAUCGUGAAAAUUCAAGGUCCAUGGCAGGCUCAUGCCCUUGGCCGCCCCCUCCCUCUGGCAUUUGAAGGUCCUGCGAACUUCCAUGGCGAAUGAUUCUGCUUCCAUCGCCAUAGCUCCCGAAUUGACCGGAGCCAAAUGCACAAGAGCAUCCCGAAGCCUCGAUUCGCCCACGUUCACAAUUUGGGUGCCGGAAUUUCGGCCGCCGAGCCGAGCCCUUUCUGGGAUUUGAAAUCACAGUUGGAUGCAAGAAUUUCCAGCGCGGAUCGUGAACGGAAUGUGUUCUCUGUUGUUUCUCCGUGCUCUUAUGCAAUCCUCCCAUGGAUUUCCUGUUGGGUUUCCUCCGUUUUCUUGCUCCCCGAGGGGCCGAUUCAGCACAGGGUCAAAAUAUCGCACAAAAGUCAAUAAAUCGCGUAAAUAUCGCGAUAUUACGUCUUAUCGCGAAAUCUCGUCAAUUUCAAUUUCUCGUCAAUUUCUCGCGUUUCGUUUUUGGUUUUGAGGACCCGAAACGUUUCGUGUUUCGUCCGUUUCUGAUGCCCGUUUCUCCAUUUUGUUGGGUUUUCCAGUGUUUCGCCGGAUGUGCUGGGUGCCUCCCACCGAAACGCCCAGCGGAUUUCGGGAUUUUUGGGCCUUCAAUUAAAAAGAGAGGAAUCUCUUUGGGCCUACGAAGCUAAGGAUUCACAGGGCGGGAAACAAGGGGAAACUAACGACCGACUCAAAUUUGACGAAGGCCCAAAUCGCUUCUACCUAAAUUUAAUUGAAGGCCAAAAGGAACGACGAUCCGGCGUCGUUUUCUUUGGGAGGUAGGCCAACGGCCGGGUCAAACAUGGACUUCCGUUAGAUAAGGGCCCAAAAGGCUUCCUACCUAAUUAAUUGAAGGCCCAAAAUCCUGUAAUCCGACAGCGUUUCGCGAGGUAGGUGCUCGCACAGCCGGCGAAAACUGGACACCCGAACAAAAUCGAGAAACGGGCAUCAGAAACGGAAGAAACGCGAAACGUUUCG